CAAGCGAGCGCUGCGCUAUAAAAUCGCGGCCCGACGAACUAUAGCCUCCAUUCGGCGCUACACCGUUCUCCCGCGGAGACACUCGCUCGUUCUCGCUCGCGUGUGCGUGUGUGGGUGCGUGCGUGCGUGCGCGCGCGCGUUGCUUCACGUAUCAAUAUGCGAUGCGCAUUAAUGGCAUUGGCGCUAGUGACAGGAGUGGCCUGUCACGCGCCCGAAACAGUGUACUCCUGGGACAAGCUCGACUAUAACUUCCCGAACGAAUCAAUGAAACAGGCAUACAUCGCUUCCGGAGAUUUCAUCCAGUCGGACAACCUGCCCCUUGGCGUUGCAGUAUGGAAGGACAAAAUGUUCAUUACCGUGCCACGAUGGAAGAAAGGUGUGCCGGCCAACUUGAAUUACAUCCCCAUGUCGAGCGCCAAUGGCCCGUCGCCCAGUCUCAAUCCCUACCCAAGCUGGGAAGCUAACGACGUGCACUCGGCAAGCAACGAUGCCAUUAUCAGCAUCUUUCGCGUUAGGGUCGAUGCUUGCGAUCGGCUUUGGGGCGUUGACACUGGCAUCGAUGAUAUAUUGGGCGACACUAAACUCGUCAGACAGCCAAGGCUCAUCGUUAUCGAUUUGAAGACCGAUCAGAUAAUUCGCACGUACACGCUGAAAGACUCGGAUCAGAAAGCCGACUCGUUCUUCGGCGACCUUGCCGUCGACUCGGACAAAGACGCCUGCGACGACGCCUACGCUUAUUUAUCUGAUCUCGGCGGCUACGGCCUGGUCGUUUACAGCUUGGCGCAGAACAACUCUUGGCGAUUCCACCACAACUACUUCCACUUUGAUCCUUUGAAUGGCGACUUCAACGUCACGGGAAUAAACUUCCACUGGACAGAUGGUAUAUUUGGACUGGCAAUAUCCCCGAGACGCCAAGAUGGUUCCAAGACGUUGUACUUCCAUGCGCUAUCAGCGAUCCGUGAGUUUUCGGUGCCAACCACGGUGUUGAAGAACGAGAGUUACGUGUCCUCCGAUAAUUACUAUCAGUUCCAACUUGCCGGUGAGAAAGGCCCACUAAGUCAAGGAACUUCAUCGGCUAUUGACUUGCAAGAGGGCAUCAUUUAUUUCUCGCAAAUCAACAGGCAUGGAAUCGCUUGCUGGAACAUCAAUGCACCCCUCAAGCCUCAAACGUUCAAUCUUAUAGUAUCAGAUCCGGAAAAGCUCGCCUUUCCGAAUGACUUGACAAUCGAUCCGCAGGCCAGAAAGAUAUAUAUUUUGAUGAGCAACGUGCCGAAAUUGAUGUAUGACCGACUAGAUGCGAACAAUAAGUACAUUGUGUCCAGCCAAUCUCUGGAUGUAUUGUCCCACCACUGCAAAGCUUAAUUAUGUGAUUUGGCGAAUUUCUAUGCACUUCGUGUGAUAUUUAUUAGAGAGUGAAGUUAUAUUAAGUCUCAUUCUAUUUGCGAUUACAUCCAUUAUCCAUACGAACGCUUCAAUUGUAAUAAGAAUGACAUGGGAAGUCGCUGUCUUAUAAUAUGUCAUAAAAUAUUCGGCGUUCAUCAAGUAUAUAUAGAAAUAAGAUGAUAAGAUCGAUCAUUCGCAACACAUUGAUCGAACGCUAUAUUCUUGACAGUUCUUGUAUGCUUAAGCGGGCCAAUAUUACCGUUGUACUUUUUUACAUCUGUUUGAUAAGCCAGAGCUGAAUUGUCAAUUACUCAGUUAAAAUAAAUACUCUGCUAAAGAAAUAACAGAAAAGGUAAGCAGGAUGUUUGAAAUGCAAGCGAGUUAUUGGUGCAUAUAUAGCACACGCAGUCCUCUCAAAAGAAUCCUUAUCACUGAAGAUUAAUUAUCCGGAGAUUGCAGUCUAAUGAAAGCGCGAAGCGACUAGAAACUCUUAAGGAUUCAGCUCACGAUAACGCCCAACAGGCCCCUCCUCUAAUUUUGCAAUCCCCAGGGGGUCUGAGCAUUGCCGCGGGGGCUCCGCUCUACAAUCGCGAAAAGCGCGACGCCAGCGCACUGGGCACGCGUGUGCAGCACGCGCGCGCGCGCGCACGGAGCUUUGGAAAAGAGGAAAAAAGCGGCGCCUAAUGGCUCGGCGGCUAACGACGACAAUCUCCUUUCCUGCCGAAAAUUGACUCGAUGCGAGGGCGGCUGCAGCCAGUGAUCGAGUGACACGCGAAAAGCAAGCCAGGACAAUUAGCCGAAUGAAAAUGUAACACGAGACUGCACGUGACUUUCGCCGAGCUUCCGUGCUCGCUCUCUUUAUUUCGCAAUCUCUUCUCGGCUCGUCCCGUCCCUCGGCCGCGCUCGCGUCUCUAGUGAUUGUCACUUUGUCAACGCGUCGAGGGCUCUCCAGAGGCAUCAUAGAAAAGUUCCGCGCUCGCGCGCGCCGGCGGCUUUUAAUUGCCUUUUCCGAGGCUUCGUCGUUUUGCGCUCUGACUCUCAAAACCCUCUCGUUCUCGCGUGCGCACAUCGCCAAGUCGGAAAGCGAUGGUCUUGGACGCCCCACCGACGACGCGUUAUGCGCCAACAAAGCUACGCCAGCCCUCUGCGUAUUUAUAAAAUUAAAUUCAAAUCCUAUUCUAGUUCAGCUUCGCGCGCGCUAAGGCGUUGCGACCAUGAAAAAGAACAGAAAAAUUGCCCGUGAGUUUCGCAUUCGUCAUGGGUUAUUCGUUCUGCUGUCACGGGUUUUUGGUCGCGAGGCGGCGUUGCGUAGGACGCUCGAGAUUUAGGAGUUUCUCUCUCGCGCACGCCGCUUUUUCUUUCGAAGAAGGAAUGUUGGCAUUUUUUUUUCUCGCUUCAUGAUGAUCAAAUCGGAAGUGGUCUCUUUGAAGCACAGAAAAAACUUUUUAAAGAAUUGAAUACGAAUAUUGUUGACUUUAAUGAAAAGAAUAUCUCGCAAUUGUUUUUUUAAUUUUCUCAUCAUUUUCUCCGAAAAGAGGGAUUCGCCAUUUUUAUUUAAACGAGAUGAUUGAAAUUAAUGAAAUCGAUUUUUAUGGAAACAUUCGUUCACUUUGUUUUUAAUAGUUUCUUUGAAAACAUGUGACGUGGUGAUUUG